AUGUAUUCAUCGGAUAUUGAACAGAGUGGUGCGAAUUAUGCAAGCGAUAAAAAUAAUUCUACUACCGAUGAAGAGUUUUUCAAUGAACUCAUGGAAGUACCACCAGAGUUUGAAGAUCAUUUAAUUUCUGAUGAUUGUAAGGACGAAGUAAAAGGCCUUGAGCAUCUGAUAAAAUGUCUUGAUUUUCGAUUCAAUGCAUAUCCAGCCGUAUUUAUGGGUACAUUCAAACAAGCUGUACAAGAAUCUUUUGGUUCAAAAGAGAUUAAUGACCGUCGGCCAUGUUUACUCUAUGUUAAUAAUGACAAAAGCGUGUAUUCAAAUUUAUUUUGUAAACAACUUUUAUGCAAUGAAAAAAUAAUUGAUUAUCUAAUGAAUAAUUAUGUUCUUUGGGCAUGGGAUGUUACAUUUAAAUCAAACGAACAGAUGUUGAAUCACAUUUGUCAAACUAUUUUUCCAUCAUGGAACCACAACAAGCAAUUCGAUUCGAAUUCAGUUGAUGAAUAUCCAUUAUUAAUUGGUAUUUAUCGUGAUAUAAAUGGCAAUUUCUCAUUCGAUCGUUUGAUCGAAGGUUCGAUUAAGCAACGAAAUCUGGACGAGUUUCUUGCAUCAUUAGUGGAAUUUAAAGAUAAAUUUAUUUUGAGUGAACGACAAUUCGAAAAAGCAAAAGAAGAAGCGAAACGACAAAUGUUAGAAAGUUUAUUUCAAGCUCGACAUAUUCUGAAUCGAUCAAAACAUGCUCAUGAUCGCGAAUACACGCGUUCAAUGUCGAUGUAUGCACAUGCUGGAUAUGAUGAGAAAUCAUCGCGACAGCACGUUCAAUUUCGUCGGUUAUUAAGCAGUGGCAUGGAUGCGCGAACAGAUCCCGCCGAAAUCUUUUUCAAUAAUCCUCCAACGAAAGAAGAACUUAUGCAUGUAUUCGAUCAGUUUCGUACAGAUUCUGAUGAUGCUGACGAUGAAGAUGAUGAACGAACACCAACUGUUGAUCGUCCAGCACCGAAAUUUCCAUGA